UUACUUCUUACUUCUUAGUUCUUAGAUCUUAGUGUUCUUACUACAACAAAAAAAUAAAAAUACUGAUUAGUUAUUUAGGUCACGGAAUGUGUAAUUAGCUAGACAUUUGUUAAAUAGGCAACUGCGUUUUUUUAUUUUGUCAUGACGUGACGACGUGUUAAACAUCAAUAUUACGUUAAUACAUUCACAUGAUCUGCUUUGAUACAAAGGUCAAUGAUAGCAUUUAUAGCCAUUUAGUAGAUAUCUAACUAUACUAAUUUUUUUUAUUAAAGCACUUUAUAUUAUUACUAAUAAAUUAGAACAAAUUAAAAGCAUUGAAAUCUAUAUUCUAUGUAUAAUACUUACAUAUAAUAAUAUGUAAUUAUGUAAACUAAUCUAUUGACUAUUUAGAUAUACUAAUAUAAUAUUGACUAUUGAACAUCAAAGUAUUAAAUGGAGUCUGCUUCUGCUGAAAAUACAAAUCGACUUAAGCCACUCAAUGAAUUAACUAGUGAAGAUCAACUUUUAAUAUCAAUGUGUGCAUUGGCUAGAGAAAGAGCGUAUGUUCCAUACAGCAACUUCAAAGUUGGUGCUGCAUUGCGAUGUGAUGAUGGUACCAUAUUCUCAGGCUGUAAUGUAGAAAAUGCUUCUUAUGGACUUUCAAUAUGUGCUGAACGUACAGUUAUUGUGAAAGCUGUAAGUGAAGGAAAAACAAAAUUCACUAAAAUUGCAAUUGCUGGAUUAAAUAAAAAUCAAUUUGUUCCUCCUUGUGGUGCUUGUAGACAAGUAUUAAGUGAAUUUAAUAAUCCUAAUAAUGACAUGAUUGUUUAUUUAUAUCAACCGAAUGGUACUAAUGUUGUUGUAACAAGUGUGUCUGAGUUACUUCCAUUGAAUUUUAAAUUUGAUAUUUAAUAUAAUUAAACAAAUUAUUAAUUACUAAGAAAAUAUAAAUUAUUAAG